AGCCGCUUUAGCAGCCUUCUUCGUCUUCUUCACUUCGUCUGCUCCUUUUUUUUUUUCUUCUGUCCUUCUAGGUUUUGCCAGAAAAAAAAACUAGAGAUGAGGCUGAUAACGCACAACAUGCUUUCCUGCAACAUCAAAGGAGUCACCAAUGGAUUUCCUCUGCGGAUCGAAGCUGGGAACGUGAUUGAGAAGGAAGUCGAAUUCAAUCCCGAUUUUCUCAGGCACAUGUUCGCGAAGCUCGAGUGGAAAGCUCUCGUGGAAGGUGCGCGUUCCAUGGGAUAUGCAGAGUUACCGGAGGAUUCGCCGGAUGCGGCGGUGCUAGAAUCCGAUGAGGCUUUUCUUAAGAAACUCCACCACGCGUUGCUGGAGCUACACCUUGAGGAAGGUGCGCUUGUUUGCCCUGAGACUGGACGGAAAUUUCCGGUUAACAAAGGAAUCCCAAAUAUGCUUCUCCAUGAAGACGAGGUUUAAUUGAUUGGGAAAGCUUUACUUGUAAUGUUUUCGAUUAUGGUUUUUUUUUUGGGGGGGUUUUGUUAGGGUUUCUGCUACUGAUGUUUGUGAUUUGAACCCUUUUAGUGAGGUAUGCAAUUGAAUCAUCUCUAUUUUUUUUCGUUUCUGGAUCCUUUAAUUGUAUUGGUAGGGUUGUUAUAUGAAGUGAAUGGUGCCUGAUUGUGAGAAUUGUUUCGAGUAUCACUAAUCUAGUAUUAUUGGUGAGCA